AUGGAGGGAGGAGAUCAGGAAAAAUGGAGGGAGGAGAUCAGGCUGAGAAUCAGCCAGGAAGCUGAGGGAGUUCGCCGCAGCCCACCUCCAUGCUUCCGAAGGUUCGAUGCCUUUGGUAACCCAGACCACCCAUCCAUUUUCAAGCGUCGCCACAAGACGAGCGAUGCUGCCGCCGUUGACGCCACCGCCGCCGCCACAUCGCUGUCUCUGCCCCAGCUUCGUAGCCCAUCAAACCCGGCUGCUCCUCCACCGCCUGAACUCGGCAGCAGUGGCGCUGCCAACCGCGCGCCACAAGCUGGAUGCUCCGCCGGCGGGCAGCUCCAGGCAACCACGGACGACGUGGGCACAGGCCGUGACAUUGUUGUCGCAGCCGUGGGUCCGUACCAGCACCAUCGCCGUACGCCGCCACUCAUAACCCGCGCCAACAAGUGCGGCAUCGUCAUGUUCCUCGCCGACCGGUUCGGUCUUGAUGCUGCUGAUUUCCUUGGGUGGGCGCGGAACAUGGACGCUCAAGCUCGCUGCUGCUAUGAGCGGGACUCGUUCGUCUUGGGCCCUGAGGAGAUGGCCGAGAUGCUGCUGCUCGACGGCUGCCUUCUGCUCUUCGCUGUGUUCCUUCUUAGUACGAACGUGUGCGAGGGCAAGCGGCCAGCGGAGCUGGCCCGAGACAAAGAGCACGGCAAAGAGUUCAUCUACCUGUCGGCCGACAUAUCCUUGCACACCAAACAGACCAGGCUGGACCUGCUGAUGCUGGACAACCAGAUCCCCUUCUUUGUGCUCGCCGAGCUGCAUCAAAGACUGAAGGGAACCUUGUUUCACAAUAUCAACCGCAGCAUCCAAGAACUCGCCCUCUCUUGCUUCGACGACAUCCACCCUGGCGGUGCACAACUAGCAUCAGCAGCGAACGACCAGUUUCCACCAAAGGUCCAUCACCUCCUGCACCUAUUCCACUGGUCGCGCGUGCCCAGAGGUAAGCACAAGGUUGGGGUCUCAUCCAUCGUGCCCAAGGAACCAGAGCCUCAUCUGCCAUGCGCGACAGAGCUGAAGGAGUCACUCACUCGUCUCAAGAAGAAGGCGACGGACAAGACAAGCUGGUGCUCCCUGGACAUCUCCUUCCAGAGAGACACGCUGGGUAUGCGCGCCGUGAUGGCCAUACCCCCGCUGUGCGUCCACAACUACAGCGACUGUGUUUUCCGCAGUCUCAUCGCGUUCGAGCAGAACCAUCUCCGAUGCGGCCUGGGUGCCACGGCCUACUCCAUUUGCAUGGCCCGGCUGCUGCAGAGCGAGGCGGACGUCAAGCUGCUGAGGAAGAGGGGGAUUCUCAUGCACACGCAGAAGACCGACAAGGAGAUCGUCGAUUUCUUCAGGGGGCUCAGGGACGAGUACGGUGACACCUGCCUGCCUGACGAUCUGCUCGACCUCUGCAAGGAAGUCGCGUCGCAUCAGCAGAGCAGAGCCGCAAGGGUGGUGAGAAGGGUUGGGCGGCAGUGCUUUCCUAGGCAAACGGUCACCUUCUUUGUCAUUGUCGGCACUAUCAUCUCCAUUGCCACGCUAGUCAAUACCAUACACUCAAUGUACAGGUAUUAUCACCCUUUCAAAGGAGUAAAUCCAUCUUAG